AUGACACAUAACAAGGCAUUUCCCAGUGAAACUUCUUGGAAGAUAGUGAAGAAUUUCAUAGUAGAUGAAGAAUUGGGCUUUGCUUUACCAAAUCCACUGAGGAGCUACCCUCACCCUUAUUAUGCCUGGGUUCAAAUUGCUAAAAAUCUUACUGAAUUUAUUGACACUGAAAAACUCCGUGCAGAAGUCGAGAAGCUGCCAACACUCAGCAUUGAUGAUCUCGCAGGGCACAUAGUUACAGCGCCUUGCCCAUCUGAAGUGCUAGGAUACAUCACCAUGGCAUAUGUUGGAAAUAAGGGUGAUAAAGACAUCCGAAAGAUCCUGCCAAGAAAUAUUGCUGUUCCUUAUUGCAAACUCUCUGAGAAAUUGGGAUUGCCCCCUAUCUUGGUUUAUGCAGACUGUGUUUUGGCAAACUGGAAGAAAAAGGAUCCCAAUGGACCCAUGACUUAUGAGAACAUGGACAUUCUGUUCUCAUUUCCUGGUGGUGAUUGCAGUAAAGGAUUCUUUCUGGUUUCUCUAUUGGUGGAAACAGCAGCGGCUAAUGCAAUUAAAGUAAUUCCCACUAUAUUCAAUGCGGUACAGCAUCGGGACCACGAAACUUUGCAAAAAGCACUGAGUGAGAUAGCUUCAUGCCUUCAGAAAGCUCUUGAAGUAUUUCAACAAAUUCAUAGUUUUGUAGACCCAGAGGUCUUUUUCAAUGUUCUUCGCAUAUAUUUGUCAGGCUGGAAAGGAAGUGACUUGCUGUCAGAGGGUUUGCUCUAUGAAGGUGUUUGGGACACCCCAAAGAAAUUUGCAGGAGGCAGUGCAGCUCAAAGCAGCAUCUUCCAGUGUUUUGAUGUUCUUCUGGGCAUCCAACAAGAUAAGGGAGAAGCAGGGGAUUUUCUCCAGGAAAUGAGAACAUACAUGCCUCCUGCUCAUCAGAACUUUCUGCGCUCGUUGGAGACAGGCCCCUCAGUUCGCGAGUUUGUCCUUUCAGAAGAUAAUGAGAGCCUUCGGAGCAUUUAUAAUAAGUGUGUGCAAGCUAUGGUCUCCUUGAGAAACUACCAUUUGAAGACAGUGGCUGAGUAUAUUGUGGGACCUGCAUCCCGGAAGUCAGGGGCAAAGCCAGCAUGUGAAGGAACCUCAGAAACGGGGAACAAAGGAACCGGAGGCACCGAUGUCUUGGUCUUUCUAAAGACUGUAAAAAAUAAAACUGAAAAGUACCAGAUAAAGAAAGAUUAA